AUGGCAAGAACCCCACGGACUCGUCACACAAGGAUCGCUGCAUCCCCACACAAGCAACAACCAAAAAAUAAGAGGAAGCCGAGACAGCGACCGAUUACACAGGUACCACCAUCAGCGGUCUGCCGUGGAACCCGUGCACAAGUUCGCGCACGGUCCAAUCUCAAUCUGGAGCGCUUGCAGAACAAACGACAUUUGGAGGAGAGCUUGAAGGAGACCAUACUGUACAUGGAUGACAGGAUUGAGAAGAAACAGAUCGAAUUGGCCCAAACGUGGAUUGCAAGGGGUCAAACAGACGCCGAAUUGGCCCAGACACAGGCUAAAGUGGCCCGGAAACAAGCUCAGCUGGACAGGCAAAAAGCCAAGCUGGCUCAUCAACAAGCGGAACUAGCAUUGCAAGAGGCCGAGCUGGCCCGGCAAGAGGCCAUACUGGACAAGUUGAAAGCGUUGAGACAUGUAUCAGAACCUACCAGACUUAAAGACAGCACUAAUACCGUCCAUACUCUCGAGACGAAGACAUCGGCCUCAAGCCAGCAGGACUCAACGGAGCUAGACGAAGAACACAAGACAUCAACGCGCACAGAAACCAACAUAAUCGUAGACGACACCACUAAUCUCAGCACUUCGCCGAUUAUCACCCCCACCUCUCGUACACUCCUACCAUAG